CACCGCCUCGGCUGCUCAGGUGAAGAGUUUCACACGGAAGGGCGUCCACUUAGUGUGUUAAACAAGCUGCUGUGAAGAUUUUAGCGUGUAAAUUACGAAAAUAGACCCCAAUUACUCCAGUGAAAUAUCUUUAUCAUCUUUUCUUCCUAAAAGACGACUGUUUGAAACGGAAUAUUUUGUUUAUCCGUCAUGUUCUUCGUGUUUGUACUUCUCUGCUGGCAAGCAACAGGCCUGCAUGCCUUUACUGCCAGCACAUCUACACCCAACGUUAUGGUCAAAGAGAACAGUGGAGUCGAUUUGAAAUGUGAUUACUCUGCUGAUUUUGGGGCCUCACCCCGAGUGGAAUGGAAAUUUACUGAUCGACAGGGCUCCCAGUCCUUCAUCUACUUCGAUGGUGCAAUUACAGAUAAGUAUACAGGACAGAUGAGUCUGUACCCAGGUGGUUUGAGGAUUGAAAAAGCCACCAGGAAAGACACUGGUGAUUAUUCCUGUGAAGUGUCUGGUAACUCUGGCUACGCAGAAGUGAAUAUUAAACUAACAGUGCUCGUUCCUCCUUCUGUGCCGGUCAGCAAAAUCCCCUCCUCAGUCACGACGGGCCGGCACGUUCUCCUGACUUGCUCUGAGAAGGAUAGUUCUCCUCCAUCCUCCUAUAAAUGGUAUAAAGACGGCACCCCUCUGCCUGAAGACCCCAGCAAGUUCCCAGACUUUAAGAAUAUGACCUACAAAAUGAACAAGCAGAAUGGCAACCUGGAGUUUCCCAGUGUGAGACUGGCAGACCGCGGAAAUUAUUACUGCGAAGCUUCCAACGGGCAGGGGUCUGCUCAGCGUGGAAAGGCCGUGUUCAUGCAUGUCGCUGAUCAGAACGUAGGCGGUAUUGUGGCCGGAGUCAUUAUCGCACUGCUUGCUAUUGCACUGCUUUGCUUUGGGGUGUGGUACGCCAGUAAGAAGGGAUAUCUGCCCAGUAAGUUCUCAUGCCUGGCCCUCUGUCUUUUUUUUUUUUGAAUAAAUAUAUGGGCUGUCAAUCGAUUUAAAAUAGUUAAUCGCACAUUUUUAAAAAUCUGUUUGAAAUUUACCUCGAAGGGAUUAGGGAUGUUAACCGAUGACCGUUUGACCGGUGGUUGACCGAAUCAACGUUAACCGGUUAAUUUUUUUUUUGGUUGUCGGUGGAAAAAAAAAAAAUCAAUCGUUUUGGAGCGGAGAACCUGGAAUUCUGUGUUUGUAAAUGCUUGGGGCAUGCCAUGCAGUGUAAGGACGACAGCUGACAAAUCAGAAACACCCAUUCAGUCAUCUCCCGCCCCAGUUAAAGACAGCUGACAAAUCAGAAGCACCCAUUGUCAUGCCCUGCCCCAGUUGAACACAGCUGCCAGUGGGUUUUGAACAUAUUUUGGGCUGGAAAACGUCAGCAAUAUCUGGCAACAUUGGCUGCCACUCGGUGAAAGAAAAGUGUAGACACAGGGUUUUUAGCUUAUAAAUUACUUUUUUUUUUUUUUUUUUUUUUUUUAAUUAUUAUUAGAAGGCACAUGGAGUUUAGUCCUGCCUUGGCCAGUGCAUUCUGAAAGUAUGUUUCGGUCUGUAGCCAACAACGCAUGUUAUUGCAGAUCAUAUCUCUCCACACAAACUAAAGGUGCAGAUGCCGACUUUUUCACGGACUGUAACGCCAUUUGCUUAUGUAGUAAUUUUAAUACAGAAUUUACUCUGAUGAAAUUAUUCAGACACUCCAACGCCCCCCCCCCCCAAAAAAAAUCGGAUCUGCACGAGCCGUGAAAAAGGCGUGCCGUUUGCAUCCCUGUUUAAACUCAUAGGUUAACCGACUUUAACCGGCUAAUGAGGCUCGGUGGUCGGUCAAGAUUUUUUUUUUUUUAGUUUUCGCCAUCCCUAGAAGGGAUAUUUUAAGUUUUUGGUAGUGGGAGUGGACAUGUAUGCUUGCUUUAUGCAAAUGUAUGUGGUCAGGAAGGAUGAGGCUGGACACAGCAAAAAAUAUUUUUGUGGGUAUUUUAUUCCCCUGUUGCAUUUAUCUUGAGGUUUGAGGGUUCAUUACAGUUCAUUGUGAACAACACGAUAUAGUAUUUUUCUCCAAUUCUGGACUUCCAGCUUCAAACUAUGCAAUAAAAUAAAUGAAAUAAACUCUGAUGUGGACUCUGGAUAACAGUAGUUUAUCUUUUAAAUAAGGAAAAUAAAAAUACAAAACCCAGAUAAAUACAUUUGUUUGGCCACACAGCUCAUAAAGAUGGUUUCCAGUAAAAUGCAAAAACUCACUGGUAAGUACACAGUACAUUCAUGAGCAGAAAGUUCUCAUCUCAUUAUCUGUAGCCGCUUUAUCCUGUUCUACAGGGUCGCAGGCAAGCUGGAGCCUAUCCCAGCUGACUACGGGCGAAAGGCAGGGUACACCCUGGACAAGUCGCCAGGUCAUCACAGGGCUGACACAUAGACACAGACAACCAUUCACACUCACAUUCACACCUAUGCUCAAUUUAGAGUCACCAGUUAACCUAACCUGCAUGUCUUUGGACUGUGGGGGAAACCGGAGCACCCGGAGGAAACCCACGCGGACACGGGGAGAACAUGCAAACUCCACACAGAAAGGCCCUCGCCCGCCACGGGGCUCGAACCCGGACCUUCUUGCUGUGAGGCGACAGCGCUAACCACUACACCACUGUGCUGCCCGAGCAGAAAUUUCAUUUAAACACUUUACAUAACUCGCAAAUUUUUCAGAAUAAAACAAACUCCAGUGUGCUGCCUGCAUGCUUGCUUACACACCUGGACCUUAACAUGUCUUUUCUCCCCUCCAGACCAUCAGAAGCGCAUAAAAAUACAUUUUUAUGGAAACAGAAUUCAAUAACAUAAGCUGAGUCUGUAAAGUGCACGUUAUCAUGAGUUACGCCAACCAGUUCCUCACUACAUUGCUUGCUUGUGCUACGUCACUUCCUGCUGUCUGAAACUACGGGGGAGGGGGCACGGAAUGUGCAUGCAUUAAUCGCGUCCAAAAAAAAAAAAUUAUUGGCCUUAAAAGGAAUUUGCAUUAUCGCGUGUGUAUAUAUAACUUUGACAGCGUGUGUGUAUUAAAUAUAAAUGUGUAUGUAUAAUUUAUCUUCUAAAAUAUUAUAAAUACCUUUUAUUCACUUUACUCUCUUCUGCUUUUCACCUCCACAGAAUUGUUUGAAAGGUAAGAAAUGCUCUUUGAUGGCUCCAUGUUUUCAUUGCACAUGAUCUUGUUUUCGUUUCAGUAGCUUGUACUGCUUUUAUGACCUUAUCUACUGACUGUUGGAAACAUUUGUGUUGUAUUACAGUAAGCCCAAGACUGCAGUGUAUACCCAGCCUACUCAGGACUUCGGUGAUGAGGAGGAUGGAGAGUUCAGACAGAAGCAGUCCUUUGUCGUGUAGCCUCAGUUUGCACUGGUGGAGGUGUAAAGUGUAUUUCCUGCUAUAGUCUUGCUACCAACUCCAGCUCUCGGAUACCUGUGGCUUUGUAAACUGCUUCUCGUCAUUCUGAACCAUUUGCGUGGACACUCUCUCGCAGUGCGCUUUUGAAGCGUCCACUGAAUCAUCUCUGCACCUUACCGAAUGGCCUCAUGGACCAACACUAAGAUCAAUGCAGUUUCUUUCCCCUGGUGUAAUAUAGAAUUAAAAUGAGAAUCCUGACUUUCACUCUGAGAGGUGAAGAGAAUUGAACAACUACUUUCUUUUUUUAGAUUUCUUUUUUUCGUUUUGUGUAUGAAUGAAUGAAUUUGGGUGUAAUCCGAGGUAAGGCGUUAACAAAAGAACCAUGUUUUUGGAUGAGAGAGAAAUGCUUGCUUUAAUAUGUAAAGUUUAAACCUUGUGAGGUCUUUCUUGCUUUAACACUAUAUACAGGUGUGUACGGUACAUGCACGCGCAUUUGGAGAGCUCAGCUUUAUCCCUUUCCAUGUUAAUUUGACAUAGCUGGUGUAUAUCGAAAAUGAGAGACAAGGUAGUUGGAUACAAUUGUAAUAUUUAUGUGAAGGAACAUGAACUAUACUGUUUACUCAUUUGAGAUUAAGUUGAACUUGGAGCUUUUGGUCGAGUUUUGUGUUUAUCCAAAUAUGUAUAUACAUCUUGGCCUUCUCACUUCUCUGUUGAUUUGAGGCACCCAGUAAGCUGUUAAAGGAAGCUCAUGGCAUGUUGCCUGCGAUGUUAUAAAUCAAUCAUGCUUAAAAUCCGACAUGCUCUGUCAGUAUGUACACAAACAUGCACAAAUUUGGUCCAAAAGAUAGCCUGUGAAACUUGGUUAUUAGUCAUAUUGUGUGUUCUUUCUUUUUUAAAAUAAAUGCUUUUAUUAAUAAA